AUGGAUCCCAAGAUGCAGCAAUCGCAGGUGACCGUCAUCCUGGGUGCCGAUCCAGCACCUUUAGAGACUCUGAUCUCCCACCUGAUGUCUUCUUCCAAUGAGCAGCGCUCCCAUGCCGAGGCGCUCUUCAAUCUCUGCAAACAAACCGAUCCUGAUAAUCUCACCUUGAAGCUCGCACACCUCCUCCAUUCAUCACCGCAGCAGGAGGCGCGUGCCAUGUCCGCCAUCCUCCUCCGGAAGCAGCUCACGCGCGAUGACUCUUACCUCUGGCCUCGUCUUUCUCCACAUACGCAGUCCUCCCUCAAAUCGCUUCUCCUCUCCUCGAUUCAAACCGAGAACGCCAAAUCCAUCUCUAAGAAACUCUGCGAUACCAUCUCCGAACUCGCCUCCAGUAUUUUACCAGAUAACGCCUGGCCGGAACUCCUCCCUUUCAUGUUCCAGUGUGUGUCUUCCGAUUCCCCUAAGCUUCAAGAAUCCGCUUUUUUAAUCUUUGCGCAGCUAUCGCAGUGCAUCGGGGAUUCCCUCACCCCUCACAUCAAGCACCUCCACGACAUCUUCCUACAGUGCCUCACUAAUCCCUCCGUUAACCCUGACGUCCGAAUUGCUGCCCUUAAUGCGGUUAUCAAUUUCAUCCAGUGUCUCUCAGGUUCCGCCGAACGCGACCGCUUCCAGGACCUGUUGCCUGCGAUGAUGCGGACUUUGACUGAGGCACUUAAUUCAGGCCAGGAGGUCACCGCACAAGAGGCGCUCGAGCUUCUCAUUGAGCUUGCCGGCACUGAACCUAGGUUUUUGCGGCGACAGCUUGUGGAUGUUGUUGGGGCCAUGUUGCAGAUAGCCGAGGCUGAGUCCCUAGAGGAAGGUACUCGACAUUUGGCGAUUGAGUUUGUGAUUACUCUCGCGGAGGCAAGGGAGCGUGCCCCUGGUAUGAUGAGGAAGUUGCCCCAGUUUAUUAGUAGGUUGUUUGCAAUACUCAUGAAGAUGCUUCUUGAUAUCGAGGAUGAUCCUGCCUGGCACAGUGCUGAGACAGAGAACGAGGAUGCUGGUGAAACCAGUAAUUACAGUGUGGGGCAAGAGUGCUUGGAUAGGCUCUCUAUAUCUUUGGGUGGAAACACCAUUGUUCCUGUUGCUUCUGAACAGUUGCCUGUUUACUUGGCUGCACCGGAAUGGCAAAAACGCCAUGCUGCACUUAUUGCACUUGCUCAGAUAGCCGAAGGCUGCUCAAAGGUCAUGAUAAAAAAUUUGGAGCAAGUAGUGGCCAUGGUAUUGAACUCCUUCCCUGACCAACACCCCCGUGUUAGGUGGGCAGCUAUUAAUGCAAUUGGGCAACUAUCUACUGAUUUGGGUCCGGAUUUGCAAGUUAAAUAUCAUCAAGGAGUGUUGCCAGCGUUAGCUGGUGCAAUGGAUGAUUUUCAGAAUCCUCGUGUACAGGCACAUGCUGCUUCAGCCGUUCUCAACUUCAGCGAGAACUGCACACCUGAUAUCUUAACGCCAUACUUAGAUGGCAUAGUUAGCAAACUACUCGUACUUCUUCAGAAUGGUAAGCAGAUGGUGCAAGAAGGUGCCUUAACUGCAUUGGCAUCAGUUGCUGAUUCUUCUCAGGAACACUUCCAAAAAUAUUAUGAUGCUGUAAUGCCAUAUCUGAAGGCUAUAUUGGUUAAUGCAACGGAUAAAUCUAACCGAAUGCUUCGAGCUAAGUCCAUGGAGUGCAUAAGUUUGGUUGGAAUGGCGGUUGGGAAGGAGAAGUUUAGGGCAGAUGCUAAGCAGGUUAUGGAAGUUCUUAUGUCCCUUCAAGGAUCUCAAAUGGAGACAGAUGAUCCUACGACAAGUUACAUGCUACAAGCAUGGGCUAGACUCUGCAAAUGUCUAGGACAGGAUUUUCUUCCCUACAUGGAGUUUGUUAUGCCUCCAUUGCUUCAAUCUGCUUCACUUAAGCCUGAUGUAACCAUUACAUCAGCAGAUUCAGGCAAUGAUAUUGAGGAUUCUGAUGAUGAAAGUAUGGAAACUAUUACUCUCGGGGACAAGCGAAUUGGAAUUAAGACUAGUGUUUUAGAAGAAAAAGCUACAGCGUGUAACAUGCUUUGUUGCUAUGCUGAUGAACUGAAGGAAGGAUUCUUUCCAUGGAUUGAUCAGGUCGCUGCAACUUUAGUUCCACUCCUAAAAUUUUAUUUCCAUGAGGAGGUUAGAAAAGCAGCAGUUUCAGCAAUGCCAGAGCUAUUGCGAUCUGCAAAAUUAGCUAUAGAGAAGGGGCAAUCUCAAGGUCGGGAUUUAUCCUAUUUGAAAUUUUUGACCGAUAGUAUAAUCCCUGCUCUGGUGGAAGCAUUGCACAAGGAACCUGACACAGAGAUUUGUGCAAGCAUGUUGGAUUCAUUAAAUGAAUGCUUACAGAUCUCUGGGAUGCUUUUGGAUGAAAGUCAGGUCAGAUCUGUUGUUGACGAGAUUAAGCAGGUGAUCACAGCUAGUUCAAGUAGAAAAAGUGAGAGAGCUGAGAGGACUCAAGCUGAAGAUUUUGAUGCUGAAGAGGGGGAACUUAUUAAAGAAGAAAAUGAACAAGAGGAGGAAGUUUUUGACCAAGUAGGUGAGAUAUUGGGAACUCUGAUCAAAACCUUCAAAGCCUCUUUCUUACCUUUCUUUGAUGAAUUGUCAUCAUAUCUGACACCUAUGUGGGGAAGAGACAAGACUCCUGAAGAGAGAAGGAUUGCAAUCUGUAUUUUUGAUGAUGUUGCAGAGCAGUGUCGUGAAGCUGCUAUCAAGUAUUAUGAUGCCUAUCUCCCAUUCCUGUUGGAAGCUUGUAAUGACGAGACUCCUGAUGUCAGACAGGCUGCUGUGUAUGGCCUUGGUGUUUGUGCAGAGUUUGGUGGAUCUGUGUUCAAACCUCUGGUUGGAGAGGCUCUUUCAAGGUUAAAUGCUGUAAUCCAGCAUCCUAAUGCUCUUCAUUCAGAUAAUGUAAUGGCAUAUGACAAUGCUGUAUCUGCUCUGGGAAAAAUUUGCCAAUUUCAUCGGGACAAUAUUGAUUCUGCCCAGGUAGUUCCCGCAUGGCUGAACUGUUUGCCAAUAAAAGGUGAUUUGAUUGAGGCCAAAGUUGUUCAUGAUCAACUUUGUUCAAUGGCUGAGAGGUCGGACAGGGAGCUGCUGGGCCCGAACAAUCAAUACCUUCCAAAAAUAGUUUCAGUGUUUGCCGAGGUUUUAUGUGCUGGUAAAGACCUUGCAACAGAACAAACAGCUGGCCGAAUGAUUAAUUUACUGAGACAGCUCCAGCAAACCUUGCCGCCCUCUACUCUUGCUUCUACGUGGUCAUCCUUGCAGCCACAACAACAGCUUGCAUUGCAAUCUAUCCUUUCUUCAUAG